CCGUCGCGCGAUGGCGGCGACGCGCGGGGAGUACGCGACGUACGGCGUGGGCGCGUUUUUGGCGUGCGUGUCGAGGGGCGUCACGGGCGUGGGCGCGGCGAUACUGUUCCUCGUGACCUGGGUCGUGUUCUCCGUGGCGGGCGCGGAGACGAGCUCGCUGAAGGACACGGUGGCGCUGGAGGCGUUCGUGGGAUUGGUGACCAUGGUGCCGUUCAUCACGUCGGCGAACAUUCGCGAACACACGAAUUGGGUGAUACUGGCGUCGUUUUUACCGUGUCAGGCGGCGAGUGUGCCGUUGGGGGCGCUCGCGUUGCAGAGGGUGUCGCCGGCGUAUUUGGAGCUGACGUUUUCGGCGUUGAUCGCGUUGUUCGUGAGCGAACGCACGGGGGCGUUCGGGUACGUCGCGCGAAAGUGUGGAGGUGGCGAGAGUACGACGACGGUAUCGACGACUGCCGGUGACGGUGAUGGCGACGCACGGGGCGUGAACGCACCCGACGUGGAGACGGGCGAAGAGGUCGAGGCGCGCGCAAACUGGUGGAAAGAGCCCAAGAAAUUCCUCAUGUUGCCCGUGGACAACGAUGGCUUGACAUUCAACGGCGAAAAUUGGAAGUUUAUGCUUUGUUGGGCCGUCGCUGGGUGCAUGAGUGGCUUUUUGGGCGGUAUGACGGGCACGCACGGUCCGCCGGCCAUCGCGUGUUACACGAUGAUGAAGGUGAGUAAAGACAUCGUGCGCGCCACGAGCGCGGCGAUUCUUGUCACAGUCAUGUGCUCGCGCCUCGUCACGUACGCCGUGAACGGGAUGUUUGACAUUAGUAAACCCGGCGUCUACGGCACCGCUGGCGGCUGCGGACUCGCCGGCGUGUUCCUCGGCAUUUACGCGCAAAAGUUCGUCGACAAGGACCAGUUUACGAAAAUUUUACUCGGCAUCCUCGGACUCGGUUCGGUGCUCAUGCUCUACAAGGGCAUCGAAGAUCUAUGAUAUUCGGUCAUUAAUACUCGACCACCAGUUAUAUUCUUUGUAGUCUGUUGUAUGGUAUUCGCAUCGCUCGCGCCG